AUGAGAUCUUUAAUUGAUAUGCCCGGAAUCGUGGUUGGUGGGCACAAUAUAAACAAUUUACGUUAUGCUGAUGACACAGUCUUGAUAGCAACAAGUCAGAAAGAAUUACAGGAAAUGAUAGACAUCGUGGUGUUAGAAAGUGAAAGAAUGGGCCUCAGUUUGAAUAAUGGGAAGACAGAAGUAAUGGUGGUAUCAAAGAAACAAAUUAUUCCUAAAUGUGUAAUAAAAGUCAAUGGUGUUAUUUUAAGACAAGUACAGAAAUUUAAGUAUCUGGGCACAUGGAUAACAUCAGAUGGAAGAUGCAUAACUGAAAUAAAAAACAGAAUUGGACAGGCAAAAACUGCAUUUUAUAAAAUUAAAAACAUCUUGUGCAAUAUAUCCUUGUCAUUGAGAGUUAAAAAAAGAAUUCUUGCUUGCUACAUACAUCCAGUUUUAACAUAUGGAUGUGAAUCCUGGACAAUCGGUAGGCAGGCCAAACAAUUUUUAGAGGCCUCAGAGAUGUGGUUUUACAGAAGAAUGCUUAGAAUACCUUGGACAGCCAAAAAGAGCAACCAAGAG